UUGUGAGGGAAAAUAUGACACUGGGGCUGAAAUGGUUAAGGGUGCUCUUCUGCCCUUUCUGAUGCUCCUGCGUUACAUUGUGCCGCGUCCAUUCCGUUUGAUCUAACACUGGCGGGUAAUUGACUUGUUUGCGAGGUUUCCAGUUAAUUUUGUCACGAGUUUUCCAUGCAGCAGCUCUGAAAGGGAUGGUUUCUAGAUGGAGCAGGAUGCCUUCUUUGCGUUCAAUGGCUGCUUUUGCCGAAAAUUUAUAUAUGGCGCGCCGGACAUUUUCUAAAGCGGCUGAAAAGGCUAAACCUUUCGUUAAUAAAAAUAGUACCUUUUCGAAACAAGACCAGCCCAAGACCGAGUUUGCUCGUGUUGAACACAAUCCUUCAUUUCAGGCAUGUGGCAGUAUGACAUUCUUGUCAAAGCCAUGUUCUUUGGCUUUAUCUCCCAACUCUAAGUUCUGGGUACAGGAGGCAGAAUAUAAAGGAAUCUCCCAUUUUUUCCUCAAAUUACUCUUGUAUUAUAGCAAAGAAAGCAGGUCUAUUCGAAAUGCAAACAUUUUAUAUAAGCGAAUUCUUUAUCAAGUGGACAGGUCUGAGAUAUAUGACACAUUCAGCUUGGAGAAGUGUUUUCGAACAGCUUUUGCAUUACUAAUGCUUCACGUAUGGCUCUGCUUGUCACGCUUGAAGUUAGAGGGAAAGGAUGGUAUUGAGUUAGGACAGUAUUUGUAUGAGCACUACAACCGUGACUUAGAACUGAGAGUUGCAUCUGCUGGGGUUAAUUUGCUCUUAACAACAUGGAUGAAGGACCUGGAAAAGAUAUUUUAUGGUAAUUGUGCAGCAUAUGAUGCUGCUAUCCGACCUGAAGCUGGAAAGGAUGAACUUGCUCUUGUUAUUUGGAGAAAUAUUUUUUCUGAUGAGGAUUCUCCAAUGCCGAAAGGUUCAGAUGCUGCUGCAGUUCAGGCUCUUGCAAGGUAUACUCGGAGGGAGUGUGCAUGUCUAGCACUAACAGAUAAAGCAGCAUUAUUCUCUGGAAACCUGAUGUUUUCUUCACUUAGCAAGUCCAGUACUCAACGAGCUUCUUCUCAAUAAUGAUUUUUAAGGAUAUGAUAAUUUCUGUUGUUUACACACUUGAAGGGGAUGGCUCGUGUAUUUUGGAAGAAUUCAUAAACUCUAAAGAACGAUAACUGCUUGCGUAUUCCAUGUUCAGGAACAGUUGUUACUGAUGUUCAGAGCUUCAUUUUCUUAUAUAAAAAUGUCAGCAGAUGAUUGGAAGCAAUGAGUACGUCUGCAAGUUGCUCAAGAACAUUUUUAAUAAAUUAAUUGAUCAUUCUCAUUUAAUUGAUCAGGCAGAGAACUGUUGUGAGUGUUUCAACAAUAAGCGACAUUUAAUUUUUUAUGGAGCUCUAGAUUUUUAAUGUAGCUCUAUUUCAGCCCUCAGCUUUUCUAUAUGAAAUCCAUAAAAUUAAGCUGUAAUAAGAUUUUUUGAUGGAGCUCUAUUUCUGUCCUCGGCUUUUCUGAAUGAAUUCCACACAAUUAUGCUGUAAUGUCAACAUGAGGAAUUUUUGUUGAAUGUACACAUACUAUCCUAAUUUUGAACUGAAUAUAUAGAUCAAAAUCUAGAUUCUGAUUCACAAAGUUCA